AUGUCAGGAUUAGAUGAAUGUGAAAAGAAUGGAAUUGUUAUAGAAGUUGUAAAUAACAUAAUAAUAAGUAAACCAAAUGUAGAAAUAACACUAGAUAUGGAAUUACGAAAAAUUGGUCAAAUAUUACACAUUGUCGAGAAUUAUAUUGUUAUAGACUCAGAAUUAUCAGGAGAAUUGCAAGUUUUAGAUAGUGAUAUCGCUAAACCAAAAUAUGUUGUAAAAUUUAAUAAUGAAUCAGAAAUUAACAAAGAAAAGAUUAAAAUCAACACUGAUAUAUUUUGUGUAAAGGAUUUUGCAAAAUAUGUGUUUACUCAGCCUCUUCGCCAACUGAAAGGUUGCGAUGCAAGUAAUCUAUACGAUGAAGAAGUCAAUGAAUCAACUUCUACAAAUCAAGCAGAUCCUGAAGAAUUCUAUGUUAAACAAGACAGAAUAGUCGCAAUUAAAAUAAUUGAUCUUGAAACUGCUGAAGAUGAAAUUGAAGAUAUUCAACAAGAAAUUGCUAUUCUUUCACAAUUGGAUUCACAAUACGUUACAAGAUAUUAUGGUUCUUAUCUAAAAGGAACACAUUUGUGGAUUAUAAUGGAAUAUUGUUCUGGUGGUUCUUGCUCAGAUUUAAUGAAAGCAGGAGCUAUUAGAGAGGAAUACAUAGCAAUCAUAUUGCGAGAAUUAUUAAAAGGUCUUGAUUAUCUUCAUAAUGAAAACAAAUUACACAGAGAUUUUGGAGUUUCUGGACAGAUUACAGCCACUAUGACCAAGAAAAAUACUUUUGUUGGAACACCAUUUUGGAUGGCACCUGAAGCAGAUAUUUGGUCAUUGGGUAUAACUGCUAUUGAACUUGCCAAAGGAGAACCACCAUAUGCUGAUUUACACCCAAUGAAAGUUCUUUUCCUUAUCCCUAAAAAUCCACCACCAAGUCUAGAUGGGAUAUAUUCUAAAACAUUUAAGGAGUUUGUGGCUGCAUGUUUGGACAAAGAUCCAAAAAAUCGACUGUCUGCAAAAGAAUUGCUCAAAAACAAAUUUAUUCGUAAUGCCAAAAAAACUUCAUAUUUAACAGAAUUAAUUGAACGAUAUCAACGAUGGUUGGUGGAGAGAGGUCAUGAUGAUACAGAUGAAGUGACACAUAAUGAAAAUGGACAUGAUUCUUAUGAAGAACCAUCUUGGGAAUUUGAGACUGUUAAACAUGCAAGACCAGUUUCACUAACAUCAUAUAAUGAAGAGGAUGAUUAUUCAGAAGACAAUGCCACAAUUGAACCACCAGUAUCAGUAUCGGGUCCAGAGGUUUUCACUAAAGUUAUUGUUCCAUCUAUUGACAAGUUGCGUAAAACUGCACCAUCUCAAAAGGCUCGGUUAACUUUGGAUGGAUUAAGGAUUGCUUUUGAGGAUGCUGAAAAAGAAAAUCCUGGCAUAUCAGAAAUAUUUAUGAAUGCUGUUUUUCAAAGAUUUGAUGAAGUUAAUAUCUAA